AUGGCUUUAGCUAAAUUCCACAAGAAGCAAUCCUUAACUAAGAUCGAAGAAUAGGUCGGUUCCGCUUUGGUUGAACUCCAAAACACCCACCCUGAUUUGAAGACCUCCCUCGAAUCUAUCAUCCUCACCCAAGUUAAGGAAUUCUAAAUUAACAAGACCAACAAGAAGGCUAAGUCUGCUGUCUUAAUUUACGUCCACUUCCAAUCUUACAGAGUUCUUUUGUCUGCUGCUAGAAAGCUCAUCAUCGAACUCGAAAAGAAGCUCAAGCAAAUCGUCUUCUUCACCGCUUAAAGAAAGAUCGAAUCUAAGUGGGUUAAGGAACACAAGUCUCAACAAAGACCCAGAUCCAGAUGUUUGACCUACGUCUACGAUGCUCUCCUUGACGACUUACUCCUUCCUUCCACCCUCAUUGGUAAGAGAAUCAGAGCUAGACUCGAUGGUACUUCUUUCUACAGAAUCCAAUUAGACCAAAACGAUAGAGAUUUCUUGGAAGAAAAGUUAGAUGCUAUCACUCACAUCUAUAAGACUGUCACCACCAGAGAAGUCACCUUCGAAUUCAAGGAAGACAAAACUUUCCAUACCUUCAAGAAAUGA